AAUUCAUAUCUUUGCAUCGCUAAAAAUUACUUUAGAUUUCCAUAGAGAACAUUUUAUCCAUAGAUUCACCUUUAAUAUAUAAUUGUUAUAAUCAUUCUGGAAUUUGGUAGACAUCUUUAAUUUCAGUUCAUAGACUGAGUAUGUAGAAUUGCCCUAAAGUACCACCCACUUCCCUCGUCCUUGAGGAACACUUUGAUAAGCGACGUCUAUUUUUAUGUUGUUUCCUCUAUCUUUUCUAUGAAACUUAACUCUGUAGAAAGUGAAGCAAAUUUUAGGUACCUUCAGAAGUUUAGAAAAGCGCAUCUUUCAUUUAUCAUUAUCUUGUCGUUGGAAGAAAUGGAACAAUUUAGAAGUAUAUCUGAUUUUUUCCUGACUUUGAUUCCAUUAUAGUAGAACGAGUGUGGCCUUAAAGGUUUAAAGUUUCUUAUAACUUUACUCUUUUAGUUUUUGGAAAAUCGUAUGAACACAAGAUAUUGGAAGUAAAGGGGAAAGAUUAUAUCAAUCUUAUCACAGUAUUUGACAUAGUUGAAGUACUGAAAGAUAGAAGGUACUUCAUGAGGACUUCGAGUAACCACAGCUUCACUAUCAAAAGGAUAGUGGAUCUUAUAUCUUUAUGAUGUUCAGAGUAUCUGCUCCAGCAGUUGAGCAUGCUUACUGCUGGACCUUGUUGAUGAGUUUUAUAUGACUUUUAGGUGGCGGCAGAUUGGAAGAUCUGAACGCUUGUAUUCUGCAAUGCCUUGAAUUGUUUACACUUGACAUUCAUACAGAUUCCUAAGAAAGUAAAUUGGGAAAAAUUCAUAUCUCGAGACUCGGAUCAGUGGAAAUGGCAGACAGCUGUAUGUGAAUUGUUUGAUGAGCGUCCGAUAUGGGUCAAAGAUUCAUUGGCUGAACGUUUGCUCGACAGAGGCCUGACUUUCAAAUCUGAUAUGCUUCGGAGGCUUCUUUUCAGAGCAGCUUAUUACUUCUCUAAUGGGCCAUUCCUUAGGUUCUGGAUCAGAAAAGGAUAUGAUCCUCGCAAGGACCCUGAAUCUCGCAUAUAUCAAAGGACUGAUUUUCGGGUACCACCAUCCCUACGAAGCCAUGAUGAUGCUAAUGUUGCAUCUGAAUCAAAGCUCAGAUGGGAGGAUAUUUGUUCCUUUCGAGUUUUUCCUCAUAAGUCCCAAAUCUCAUUGCAACUCUUUGAACUUAAGGAUGAUUAUAUUCAGCAGGAAAUCAGAAAACAUCCCAGUCGAACAACCUGCAGUUUGGCAACUGGAUGGUUUUCAUCACGUGUGAUUGAUAGGUUGAGAUUGUGUGUUGCGGUGAGGUUUCUGUCAGUGUACCCUAAGGAUGGUGCAAAAUCCUUGUUGAGAUCUGUUUCUAAUCGCUUCGAAAAGUCAAAAAGGAUGGACAUCAAUGUGAAAGACAAGCGAGUUGAUGAAGAAAGGCAACAGCCCGAUAAAGAAGUGAUAGAUAAUGGAAGCAAAGAACCCAACGACGAUGGUGAUAAUGAGGAAGAUGAAAAUGAAGAUGACAAUCUUGGAGAGGAUAUGGAUGCAGACGAGCCAUUUGACCCGGUCAGUCUCGAAAGGAAUUUAUCGCUACAACCACGUACAUAUACAGAUAAUGAGAACGUCUCAAGGGACUACCUUCAGGACCUAUUUGGUAGUUUUCCAUUUGGUGUAGAUCAACAAGAAGAAACUGCCGGGGAGUAUCAGAUAUAUGAACAAUAUAGCGAUGACAACUAUUCGGAAGAUGAAGAUUACUGAAGAAUUAUUUUAAUUUUUAACAGUUUAUUUCAUAUAAAUGUCUAUAUACACGCCAUAAUCUCUCUUUUACCUGUAAUUAGAACUUUUGGACUAGUUUUAUUCAAAUACAUUAGAAUUUUAGCCC